AUGAGUCUGAAUCCAGGUGAUGACGAGAGCCGGAUUGACCGACUGCAUCGUCUUUUGGACGAACUUCAUGAGAGGACACCGAGGCGCGAACUGGCCCUUCAGAUGCUUAAGAAGUCGCUGAAAGCAAACCCGCCAUUCGAAGAACCCAAGACUUUGUUGCCCGUCGAGGAGGCUGAGAUCCGACGUGACUUUGCUAUCAAGCUAGAGGCUGAGAUCCGCACCAACCCGUUGCUGGCGCACUUCAGGCUCAAUGCUAUGCAAGUCGCUACGAUCUUAUCCGUACCUAUAUCCACACUUAGGCCAGGUGGUUACCUCUCACUUCGAGACUCUGGUGGACAACAGAACAGUGAGGAGACUUUGUUCCAACGGCUAGAGGGCAUAAGACUGCUUGUCAGGCACUUCUUGAGGCCAAAUCAGGGCAAGGAACUCCUCAACAACACGCUCUCUGAGCUCUUCUCCACCCCUCGCAGCCUUCGUACGCCCCGAAACAAGCGAACCCAAUCACCCGCCUCUCUUCCUUCCAGCAAGAAGUCGAAGCGAUCAUCGAAAACCCGUCAAAAAUGCGAUGAUCCAGAUGCGGAGUACCUGCCCAAGGAGGAGGGGCGAGACAAAGACGAGAGGGAUAAGUGCUUCGAGAGAGAUGGAAAAGCAUGCGUUUUGAUGAGGACAGUGGAUCCCCAUGUUUGCCACAUCAUUCCCUUCUCGUGGAACAACAAGGAACUCAACAUCAGGAAGACAGGGCUCGUCUUCGGGCACGCUGAGGCCUUCCUUGGACAGGACUGGAGGAGGAAAUACCAGACAUAUCUUCAGAACCCUGUAUGCCCAGGUGGCUCCGAUAAGGCCUGGAACAUGAUUUGUCUGGACAUGCAGAUGCAAACUUGGUGGAGCAAAGCCCGGUUUGGGUUGAAAUGCUUAGGCCUUCGCACUACUACCAAGGACGAGUCUGUUGUCACUCUCCAGUUCAACUGGAUGCCCCAAUCCGCCAUGAAACCCACAGACCAGAUGACUUUGCAAGGGCGGGAUAAUGACUUUGAUCGGAUGGUGAAGAGUGCUAGGGCUUUCUACGAAGGCGGAAGCUUUCCCUCACCUCAAGAGUUUGGCACGAUGGCUGCACUAUCUGCUGCGUCCGCGUCCGCGGCCCCAAUCCUAUCUGGAGACUUGGUUGAAGUUAAGAUGUUGAGCUCUGAAACUCAUCUUUUCAAGGCCAUGAUCGAAUUCCAGUGGGCCAUGAUUGUUGUGGCUGCCUUCAGUGGUGCUGGGGAGCCAGAGCUCCUGCUUGGCGAUGGCGAUGGUGAUUCCGAUUCCGAUCAGCCUGACUUGAGAACUAUGAAGUGGGUUGAAGAUCAGCAAUCCCAGCAAGCAACAUGUUGA